AAUGGAUUGGAAUGUCCAAAUAUAGCAUCAACAUUGAUGGCAUUCUGACAUUGUGUCCAGACUCCCACGAACUUGCUGGGUUUUCUUCUUUUCUUUGGAGUCUUAUAUCUGCAGCGUUCUUGAUUUUGUUUCAGCCUCUGUUCGCUAUCUCGUAAGGUUCCUGGAAACAGCGCAGGACACUCUCGGACCGCGUCACCAAACGACAAAGUCAAGGAUCCAAGACUAUUAGAUUCUCGACGGCUACAGACCGCGAAUCGACCUUUCUCGAUGCGCUCUUGAUCGAUUAUCAAUCUGCGGUUUCAUUGCCUUUCACAGCGACUCCAAUUCUAUACAAUGCCAGUCCAACGCACAUUCAUGGGCAGGCCAGUACGCUCUCUGCCUCCUCGGCGGAUGGCAGUUCUUCUUGGUACCAUUGCCGUAUUUGCUGUGAUGACUCUUGUCUUUACACUGCCAAAUUCGAUACCGGCAAGACCAUCACUCGGCAGGUUUACAGACCAUAAGAUAUCGAUGCCAAAGAUCCCCAAGAAGCUGUCGCCCAGCAUCCUCAACCCCUUCAGACCAGCAGCACAUGCUCCACCAGUCCAGAAGAAUAGCACGAGUGGGGAGGCGUCGUGGUAUACGAAUUGGAACUGGCUGAGUCCUUUCUCGUCCUCAGUGACGCUGGAUGAGAAUCGGUCGCUACUCCCGCCCGUGCAAGAACGACCCCCGAUUUAUACAUAUUAUGAUCACACGUCGAAGAAGGAUGAGGAGCUCAAGAAAGCUGAGAAUGCUAUCUUGCUGACAUGGAGACGGGCGUGGUGGGCACAAGGCUUCAAGCCAAUCAUAUUGAGCCCAGCUGAAGCCAUGAACAACCCAAUGUAUGCGGAAUUGCAGAUGAAAGAACUGGAGGAGCAAUUAAAGACUGAGUUAUCGAGAUGGUUGGCUUGGGAGAAUAUGGGAACUGGUUUACUCUGCAACUAUCUGCUGCUUCCCAUGGGAUCACACGUGGAUCCACUGUUGGCAUACCUACGGAGAGGGGAUUAUCCAAAAUUGACUCGAUUCGACAACUUAGGAAGCGGAAUGUUUGCAGGAUCCAAGGCCGAAAUUACAGCAGCUCUAAAGGAAGCAUUGGCGAACAAGGAUCUAAAGACUGCGAAGACCUUCAUCGAUGCUGUGAAGCCAGACACUUUCGAGAUCGAGCCAAAGCAUGAGUCUUUGGCUUAUUACGAUGCAAGGACGGUUCAAGACAAAUACCCCAAGAUCGCAGACAACAUAGUUGGAAAAGGGGCUGCAGGAUUGGUGAUCUUGAACAAGCUCACCGUUUCCCAUCUCCACGGAACAUGGCAGAAUGUAUUCUCCAAAGGAAUCGCAGUUCUAAAGCCCCAUCCAGACCACAUGACCUACGCUGUCGAACCCGCCUUGAAGCUUGCGAAAUUCUUGUCUCAAUGUCCGGAAUCACCCAUGCCAGCAUCCUGCCCUCCCAACCUUCCACGGUGCAAGCCAUGCGUGGCGUCAACGCCCAUGAAGAUUACUACCCCCGAACACUACGUCAACACAACCGACCUCUACACAAUCGGCACCGUCCCCCACCCCUUCACAACCGCCAUCCUAACCGCCUUUCGAUCCGACAUCGACGUCCCUUGGAUCAGACGCACAUCUAGCCGCGACCCAUGGCUCACAACACUCACACAACGCCUCCUCGGCUCUGGCGUCUCAGGCGCUCCCCGUGUCAUCAAGUUCAAAGAAGCCGUCACCUCCCGCUUCGGUACCGCCCACUCCCUCUGGAUCACCGCGGAAAAAGACAUGCCCACCGACCUAGACUGGUAUUUCGGAUUCAGCAUUCCCCGAAACGCAACCGACACAGGCAAAUCCGAGACUCCCGUCCCAGGACCCGAACGCCGACCUAAACCGGUCGUGGAUCCUAAAGAUGGGCCUGUACCAAGCCCAGAGGAUGUCGAGAAAGAGAAAGAGCUGUUGAAACGGGCGAAGGAGUUUGGAGCGCAGAGGAGUGCGGAUGAGGAGAAGUUGAGGGGUGCCAUUGAGGCGUGGAAUCUGGCGGAUACGGAGGCUUGGAGGUUUGCGAGGGCGUUUUUGGCGAGAAGCAGGGUCGAGAGGUUGAAGUGGGAGGAGGAGGAGAAGAGAUAUGCGGGGGGUGCAGGGGCUGAGAGGGGGAAGAGUGAGGGCUGGGGGAGGUGGUUUGAUGAUAGGUAGAUGAGCUUUCGUAUGUUGCUAUUAGAGCAUCUGUGUGAUUAGGAUGAGGCUUGUGAUCUACCUCUGCUGUUUUGUGCUAUCUCUGGAAAGGAACGCGAAGAGAGGAGGAUACCAACAGGACAGUGCAGUACAUUACCAGGAGUUCGGGAUACUUCGUUCGAAGCGAGAAGAGAGCUGGAUGGGCUUCGCUUACUGUAUUAUAAGCUGAUGACGAUGUAAAAGUACCAUUCAAAUACCGUCAGCGCAUU